AUUAUUUAUAGUGCAAGGGGUCAGGAGUUGAGCAGGUCAUGACGCGUUCGACCUAAAGUGAAACAUGCGCACCCACUGAGUCCGGGUUAAGUUGCUAAACCUGCUAACGAGAAACACAGCAAUGAGAAGUGUCACUUAUAUUUCUAGAUAGUAGCUUUGGGUCUGUAUCAAAGGAGGCAACAGAGCAGUCGAGGGCACACUAUUAACCUCGAUGUUGUCGAAACAAAAUGAUAAAGAACUGGGGUGUCAUCGGGGGGGUAGCUGCUGCGGUUGCAGCUGGAGUCUAUGUGUUGUGGGGCCCAAUUACAGAUAGAAGGAAGAGAAAGAGAGGUAUGGUUCCUGGUGUGUUGAACUUAGGCAACACCUGCUUCCUGAACUCUUUGCUUCAGGGUUUGGCAGCAUGUCCGUCUUUCAUCCGGUGGCUGGAGACGGUAAUAGGAUUGCCUCCAACCCAGUCCUGCAAUCAGGACAAUCAGCUGUCCACGACACUGCUCCAGCUACUCAAUGGUCUGUCCAGAGACGAGCCGGGGGAAGAAGAUGUUCUCGAUGCCGGGUGCCUCCUGGAUGUUCUCCGACUGUACCGCUGGCACAUCAGUUCCUUUGAAGAGCAGGAUGCACAUGAGCUCUUUCAUGUUCUUACGUCUUCUCUGGAUGAGGAGCGGGAUCGUCAGUCGAAAAUCGUUCCCUUGUUUGACAUGCAGUCCCUCGAGAGCAUUCCUGAUCAAGAUGAGAAAACUAUGACCUGCAGAAGUCGAGCCCCUCUGCAUCCGAUACCAAGUCCUUGGAAGUCUCAGAAUCCUUUUCAUGGUUGUUUAACAAGCAAUAUGUCAUGCAAGCGCUGCGAACAACAAAGUCCGGUGCGGUACGACUCAUUUGAGAGCCUUUCCCUGUCCAUCCCUUUGCCUCAGUGGGGUCGACCUGUCUCUCUAGAUCAGUGUCUUCAACAUUUUAUCUCUUCGGAAACCAUCAAAGAAGUGGAUUGUGAAAACUGCACCAAGCUUCAACAAGGGACCUCAGUAAAUGGCGAAGUUCUUGGAAGCCAGAGGACAACAUUUGUUAAACAGCUUAAACUGGGAAAGCUCCCCCAAUGCCUCUGCAUCCAUUUACAAAGGCUGACGUGGUCCAACGAAGGCUCCCCCAUCAAGAGACCGGAGCAUGUGCAGUUUACAGAGUAUCUCUCGAUGGGCCGCUACAAACACAACGCUCACACACACAGAAGUCAGCGGAUCAAAUGUGCUCUGAACCCCAAAAAGGCAGAAGGUUCAGACGAUUCCACGGAAAAGCUCUCGGCUAACGGCACUGGAGCAGAGCAUCCGGACAACAAUAACAAACCUUUUUCCAACGGAACAUUUUCCUCUGUGUUUCUUCAGUCUCCUGGCUUGAACCCACAGCACGGCUUCACAAAUGACUUCAGUUCUACAGAGUACCUUUUCCAGCUCACGGCCGUGCUGGUGCACCACGGCGACAUGCACUCGGGACACUUCGUGACGUACCGCCGCAGCCCCUGCUCAGCCCGCCCCUCCUCACCCUUCAGCUCCCAGUGGCUCUGGGUGUCCGACGACUCGGUUCGAAAAGCCAGCCUCCAAGAGGUGCUGUCGUCCAACGCCUACAUGCUCUUCUACGAGAGAGUCCGGAGGCUGGACCUCGCUCCGCGCUCGGAGGAGUAACACCGACUGCUGCCUGUCCAUCAAACUGUCCCCGCUGUGUGUGUGGCCGUCAGGAGGGUUAUGACUUUGUGACAAUGAGACCAGGGAGGAACGUCAUCCUGGGGUCACCGUGGUGUUUCUCUUACAUCAUGGAUCACAGCAACAUGUUGGACAUCGUUGAAUUGUGUCUUCUGAAUCAGGGUUGGAAGGGCUGGGGAAUAUUAAAAUAUGCAGAUUGAAAAAAAAAAAAAAAAUCUUUCUUCAUCUAACAUCAUGACAGUUUGAAACUUCAUGUGAAAAAUAAUAUAGCAAACGCCACAGUAAUGAUUUUAUUUCAAAAGGUAAAUAUUCAAACUCACCAAAGGAAAAAACUGACAUUAACCCACUGACUAACCAUCAACCCCGGUUUGAUAUUAAAUCCACGAGUGGACACUUUGCCUCCUCCAGAGCGGGAUGCUCUCAAUCCCAAAGAUUAUGGACCUGCAGGAUUUUUUUGUCAAAUAUCUUUGAUCGUGCAAAAUGCAAUACUUUCACAUGUGUUACAGUUUCUGUCAUGCAGCGUUUUGGCUUCAGUGGGACAAAAAACAGGAACAUUUGACAAGUGCACUCUAAAGUGACAGCCCUGCUAAUCAUUGUUCAUGUGUAACGCUUACUGAACUCUGGCAUUUCUAUGAUGCUGUGUAAUGUUCCUGUUAUUGUGUAACCACUGCCUGUUCACACUGAAGUAGCUAAAGUAAGUAUUCGUUAUUAGAAUUUGUUGCAUAUUAUGAUGUCAAUUAGGUAUAACUUUCCCCAACUGUGGUUCUCAUAAAAACGAAUCAGCCUAAUCAUUGCUAGCAGUGUAUGUCAAACUAUUGGAAUUAAUGUUUCUAUGGACUUUUUUCACAAGAGGUUGCAUUUGGUAUGUUUCUAUUGAUCCAAGAGUCCUCACAUUGUCAUGAUUUGCAGAGUUGAGGUCAAAGUGCCAUGUUGUCUUUAAUGUUCAAUAUGUUUAUUGUUUAACACAUUAAGCCAUGUGUGCUAAAUAUGAUGUUAACACACUAUAAUGCAUCAAAGCCAUCUUGCUUGGUGUUGAUGCUAAAAAGUGUAUUAAUCAGGUCUUUGGGCAAGUUAUCCUGAAUAUUAAUAAUGACGUGAAGCUGCCGAUUUGCUCCUACCAAACCAGUCAAAUGGAGAAAUGGCCUGGUUCAGAACCUCUUGUUAAUGUUUGCAAUUUGCACUGAUGUAUAUUAACGUGAGUGUGUGUGUUUGCGUACAAUCUGUAAAGGUGAUUGUUUUCAGGUAUUAAAAAAUCAAUCAAUCAA